GUGUACAAACACAAAUCUAUUUUUAGAAUCAAUAGUAUAGUAUUAUUGUACAGUGAAUGAACAGAAUUUUCCCAUUGGAAAUUAUCUAAUAUUUAUAAGCAAAGUUGUUCUUUAAACAAAUGAAAUCUUCCAUUUUGGAUUUAUUUUAGGAAUUGAAUCAAGGAGAACUGCGGAGAGACAGACACGUUCAAGACGUCACAUCUGCUACACUAAUUUAUUAAAUCAAUCUAAACAGCCUAAAAUACUACAAACAUAAAAUUGAUAGGUAUGGCGGAGUUCGAUUCUUUAAGCUUUGCUCUUCUCAUACCAUUUGCGAUAUGUUUUGCUCUAGUAUUCAUAGUGUGUUGUUUCGCCGAUGAAAUAAAAGACAUUUGUCGAAUGCCAAGUCCGCUUCCCAAUAGCUAUUUAGGAGUGGAUAGAUCGCGAACUAAUAGACGAGUUAGCAGAAAUCAGAGAAGAGUAAGUCGGCCUCAAAAUGAAGAAGUCAGAAAUCUCAUUCUAAGUGAGGAAGGUAGAAGCCGAAAUGUUUCUGAAAGCUCAACAGAACAUAAUCAAGUUAAUACACUUCUGGCAAAUUCAAAUAUAAAUAUUGUCAGGCAACCAGGACCCGGUAUACCGCAAGGCGCUAUAGUGUCACCACAAUCAUUGCUACCGAGUGGAUCUGAAAGUCAGACGGUUCCACGGACAAGUGGACAGAUAUUUAGAAUUCCCAGUACAAACUGUAUUGUGUCUAGACCCUCAGUUCACAGCAGCGUUCCAGCACAGGGAUCACAACGUAUAAUCAUACAACCACUUGGACAUUUUGCAGCACGGAAUGGAAACAAGGGAAGUAAUAACUUAAACAGAAAUUUAGCAAUUCACGUUAGUGCAACAAGCAAAGACGUUGGUGCUUGUAUAAAACAACAUGAACUUUCAAACGAGUGUGUGUCAAGGACAAACAAUAAACAAAUGGCAGACACACGUGAGACAGCACCUCAGUUACUUGACAAUUAUCUCACAACUGGCUCCUCACUCACGAAACAAAGUUUGAAAUCCACGAACCAAGAGCCAGUCGAUGGACAGAAUAGUGCAUUAAGGUGAUAUAAUACAGGUUCAUGUAAAUCAAACCUUCAGUAAACAUUCGUAUCUCAGCCUUCAUAGUGAUGACAUCCCCGUGAUGCUUUAUAACCUGCCUGAGAACCGGUGAAGAAUCAGGAAGUUUUCACAUUAUAUGAAUGGACACGUCUCAGGAAGAAGAAGAAAUCAGAAAAAUAACGCUAUAUAAGCAACUCUUACUGGACAGUAUGUUCGAUUUGUUUAGAGCAGUAGAAAUAUUUUUGUUUUCGGACUUAAAAGGCGCCAAACAAUGACAGUGCAUUGCGUUAAUAUAUUCUAAAUUUCAAAAAAAAAAUAUUAUUCAAAUGUUUCAGAACAAUGUUAUAAAGCAAAGGUGUUUCACCAUUGAAAAGUGAAUUUCAAAUAUUUAUAUUUUUUACAAAAUUUUUACAUGUAUUUCAUUAUCUGCAGUGGUGCUUUGUAAGUGAUUUUCUUUUAUCCGUUUUAUAUUUCAAAUUUAGAAAGAAUUAAACGAAUAUGAACAAAUCACUGAUUAAGCUAUAUCUUCUUAGCAAAUUUAUCAAACAUGGAGUUAAAAUUUAGAAAUAAUGUUUCUUUAUUUAUAUAAAAAAAUGAAAACAUAGGUAAAAUAUAGGGUAAAAAUACAGGUCAAAUAAAAGUGGAAAAAGUUAUUGUUAAGAACAAAAUCAUUGUCAGAUCUGUCUAAAAAUGAGAUUCUUAUGCUUUUGAUCAUUUUUGUUUUUGCUUAAAAGUGGAAAUAAUAUUUUCUAGUUCAAGUUGUUGUGCUAUUCGAUGAGUGAUGUUAGAUAUACAUCAUUAUUUAACAUUUUGUAAUGCAUGUACAUUAACAUAUUUAUUACAAUUCCACAAUCAUUUUAUUAAUCAUAAUGUACAUAAAGGCAUGCCAUAAUUAUCAUAAGUGUAUACAAUUCGUAUAAAUAAACUUGUACAUAUGUAAUUCAGUUGAAUAUUGUCAUAAUAAAAAAUAAAAAUUCUGGGAAUAAAAACAGUUUUAAUAGUCAAAAUUAAGUUUAAAAAUAUGAAACAAAAUAGAUUUUUGCAUUUUUAUCUCAAUGUUGAAGAUGUGACAUGUAAAUAACAAACUUUGCGAUUUUUAUGCAUACGCGCUUUCUCAGAAAAAUGAUGUGGCUUUAUUAAAAAGCCAUAAUAAUUUUUAAAUUAUUUUAUUUAGACUUCACAGUAAAUUGUAUAUGUAUAUUUAUGAUUUUCAUGUUUGUUUUUUACUGAAACACUGUAAAAAAGUCCCUUCCUGCCAAUUGCUAAUGUUUUUGCAUGGGCGCGAAGCCUCGUAUAAUGUAUUGCAAACGUUCGCUUUCAACGUCAAUACAAAAUACAUAAUACAACAUUUUGUUGUGUUUAAUAUUAAUGUAUAAUAAAUCUGUGAUAAAGUAUGUUUUUGAAUUUGUAUCUUUGAAUAUGACAGUUAUAAUUAUUUUUAUGAUAUUUUUUUUAUAGGGACACAUAAUUAUGAAUUCAAUUGCAAUAUCUUUGUUAAUACAUUUCUUAAGGAUAUAUUUUGCCCAAAUUUUGAUUUUUUGAGAAAACAACUGAUAAUAACUAUAUAGUAUAUUUUGAAAUGGAAAAUAAUCAUAUUUUGAAUACACACAGAAAAAAUAUGUUACGUUUUGACUCUGCACAAUAUAGGUAUUAGGUAAUCACAGUAUGAUUGCAAUAUGUCAUUAAAAAACUGGCAGUUGUUACAAGGAUAGACCAAUUUAAUUUGACAAGUAAUAGGGAAUAUUACUUCCCAAACAUAGUUUAUACAUUCACUUAUUCAAAAUAAACAUAUUCAGGAAGACUUUACUAGAUUUCAAUAAUUUUCUGCAAUAAAAAUAUUUCCCCAUAGAUGAGCAUAAUAUGUCUGUAAUAUUUUAUUUCCUAUCAAAUCCCGGUUUCACCAUUGGCUCAACAAAGAUGUUUUAUAUGUAUAUGAUAUUAUUACCUGAGUGUAAGGGUUCCGUAGUUUCUCCUAACCAGUGUGGCGUCAAAUGGCCAGCACAUUGAUCAGAUACGCAAUAAAUGCAAAUAUAUUUGUUCUUAGAUUGAAUAAUUUUGUUAUUCAAAAAUUGUUGGUUCAAGAAUUAUAUUGGUUUCCAAACUGAACAGCUAAUAUUAUUAUUGUAACUGCGUAGCAUCUUCUUUAGUAGUAGUAUCUUCUUUCUGAAUUAUGUUUGGAGUAUUUAAUACCAUACAUAACAACAAACCACUAUAGAAUUAUAUAUGGAUAUUUUUUUAGAUACAUGAUCCGAUAUUACUUAUUUAUAUUAAUCAGCUGAUAAUAAAUUGUUCUGGAAAAAUAUUUGUAUUAACCAUAUAAAUGUUCACAUUCAAUUAUUUGGAAUUCCUGCAAAGAACUAUUUUAUGCAAAAUGUAUCUUUGAUUGUAAUAAGAAGAAACUAUGUUUUAUUAAGUCGGCGAAAACAAACGUUCAUAUUUUUGCUUAACUAAUGAUUUGUGAAAUUUAAACAUAACAAUGAAAAACACGAAUUUGUAGUCUUUUAUUGAGAGAAAAAAUGUCUGGUCAAAAAGUCAUGGAUUGAUGUUCUCUUCUUUACAAGGGCAUGUUCUUUCGUUAGUUUGAUAUUUAGCAUUCAGUAUGCCUUUUUGUUAACCUUGAAUUUCAAUAUAGGACGCUAUUAAAUGAUAAGUUUUUAAAGGGUGUAAAGAUAAAUCUAAUGAAUUAUUUUCUAAAGUGUAAAAACGGUUAAGUUUAUGUUAUUUUCUCAAUCUCAUGGUCGAUUAUCAAAAGAAUUGUAAAAUAAAAUGUUUUUGUUACUAAACACACCUGAUUUAAAUUAGGACGGGCAUGAAAAGUUGUUUUUUUGUAAAGGGUAUGAAGCUAUAUCUAAUAAAAUAAUUUUAUAAAGUUUAAAAAUGAUAAGAUUAUGUUGUUUCAAAAAUCUUUUGGUCGAUUCUCAUAUGAAUUGUAACAUAGAAUGUUUCUAUUAUUUAAUACGCAUGAAUAUUUUACUGAAACCAGAAUAAAAUGUUUUGGAACAAAAUGCAAUGCUGCUAUUUUAAGUAGGUCAUCAACCGUUUAGCAGUGAUUUCGUGCAUGAUUAAUUCACUCAAAAGAAAAUAUACCAAUAUAUUUUGGCAUAUAGGAAUGUUAGUGGUUUUUUUAAUUUGAAACAAAAGUUUUGAAAAGUGCCGGCAAUAAAGAUAGAUAUAGUUUUAUACACUUUAAUAUGAUAUAACUUAAACAAUAUGAUUACUGAUAUGAUAUAUAUAAUUAAAGACUUAAAUCACGAGGAUUGCCAUGUAUUUUCACUUUUCUAUUCUAUCUUCAUUUAAAAAUGUAUUAUUAGAAUGUUUGCAUACAUGUUUAUAUUAAGUGUGUUUCGUGCAUUUAUGUUUGCAAGAAAUCAAUGCAAUUUCAUAUAAAUAGAUGCUUUCAUAUGUUAUAUACAUUCAAAAUCCUUGCUCUAUUUCUAAUUACUAAUUUGUCAAUUUCUAUUUUUAGUUAGCAUAACAAGUAAUAUUGCAAUGGUUAAAUAUUUACCAAUAUGCUUUUUAUAUAAUAUGUGUUAUUCGUUGAAUAAUACAAAAACCAAAACAGUUAUCUUAAGCAAGAUAUUAGUUAUAUUUAUAUUUUAACAUAACUGAAUGAAAAGACUAUGAUAAAGAUAUGUAUUACUAUUUAUAUAGAUCUACAUAUAAUAAAUGAUAUUAGACAUUAACAGGGUUAUAGACAGCCCGCAUAUAAUAGGCACAUUAUGCCUCAGAAAUCAUUUACAUUUCUCAAAAAUACUGUUACUUUUCAUAUCUUGUAGCAGUUUCCAAAAAAUAUACUCAUUUGCUAUAUACCUGAACUAUCUUUUGCAACUUUUGCUUUGUGGCAAUUGGUAUAAUUAUAGAGAACUAGUAUUUUGUAUGGAAUUGAAAAUACUUCUUCGUUUACAGUUUGCUACCUUUACGACAAAUAACUGCAUGUUAAGUGCUACGUUUUCAACUUUUCUAUAGUAAAACAUCUAUCGUGCUGUAAAUCCAUUACUUAAACAUUAUUUAACACAUGAUUUGACAUUUCUAAAGAAUUGAAAAAUUAUGGAUUUCUGAUGCAUAAUAUGCCUUUGAUAUUUUAACGGCUUUUUAUAUGUAUAUUGUUUUAACAUGAUUGUAAAUCUCUUACAGUUUUUGUUAUUAAAAUUAUGAACACUGAAA